GUGUAAAGGUCAUUGACCUGAGGAAGUGGCCCAGCUGCAACUUGGAUGCUCAAGUCUCUAUGAUGUUGUCAUUUUGUCGUCUCUGCUUCAGGCGACAGCAGAGCUUCACACAACUGAAGAAUGUAAUCUGCACUUCCACGAGAAGUGUGUUUAGAGGAAGCAGAGGUUCUGGUAUCUGUGCUGCUGUAGGAGUUUGGACAGGAUGUAUGUUGUCAACCUUGCAGCUUGCAAGAGUCAGAGCUGCUGAACCAGUGUAUCCAGCAAAGCUACAACCCCCGGACCCCAGCACCCUGACACACCAGUACCUGAUGAAGUCAGCUGCUGCCAUGACGGUGGAUUCAGCCAUCACUCUACUGUCUCAGACUACCAUGGCUAUAAUCCACCUGGAACAGGAGUACGCCAAGAUCGUUUCCACGCUAACUUCACUGCUGGAGUAUGAGACGUUGGUCCUGGGGAACCCUGCGGAGGAGGAGAGAGUGGCCCAGCUCAUCAUACAGCAGAGGGUGGAGCUGGAGGACAAGAGGAGAGAACUACAGAACAUUGAGGUGGCACUUGUGGCUGUACAGCGCCUGAUAGAGUCAGCAGCUGAAGCAGCUUAUCAAACAGGUGCAGAAGCAGCAACAGUGGCUGCCCAGGAGAGACUACAGCUGGCACAGAACCAGAUAGAACUGGUGAGGACAGAGUCCAGACAAGCAGACCAGAAACUGAACCAACUACAGACUCAAACUAUCCACAAAGUGGGGGAGAUGAUCAAAGAAGCAGAAGAAAGUAGUACUGAAACACAAUCCUGACCAACUACUGUUCAUCCUUUGAAUUUUAUAAAUUUGAUCUCAGUAGGUUAUGAUGUAGGAGAUUUUAUGCAUCUAUCCUAUCAAUUUACCUGGUCAUACCGGCUAGAUACAGUAUUUGGAAAAGAAGCCUGACAACUUCCGUACCUUUUUUUGUUUUGACCCCUCUAUAUUCGGUGAUAAUAUAUAACGUUAGUAACAUUGUGGUAUGUAUGAACAGCAAAUAACAUCUGUCAACAACUUCAGCUUACAUUUGAAUGAUUUUACUAUUUCAAUAUUUCAAAUAGCAUUGGAGUGAUCUAGAUUUUAAAUUUAAAUGUUUCAAAACUGAACCAAAUGAUAGAAUUUCUGCCAAAGGAUAACGUUAUGUUAAAACUUUCACACAACUUUGAGUUAAUUCUAAUAACGUUACAAAAGACCAUCAAUUGAAAUGAAUGAUGCUAAUUACAACCUAGCUUAUUUUAUCAUGGUCAAUGAGACAAAAUAAAACAACAUAAUUUACAACAGCUCUGAAUAUUUCA